AUGAGGCUUUUUAUAGAGGAUGUGCUGGUGUUGUUUCCCUACGAGUAUAUAUACCCGGAGCAGCUUGAGUACAUGACAGAACUCAAGAAGGGCUUAGAUCAAGGCGGGCACAUAGUCCUUGAAAUGCCAUCAGGAACGGGAAAAACAACGACGCUGCUAUCAUUACUUAUAGCAUAUAUUCACUAUCACGCGGAUGAGAAGCGAAAAGUCAUUUAUUGUACUCGAACCGUUGAAGAAAUGACAAAGACGAUGGGUGAACUUCGCAAGUUGCUUGAACUUUGGAACACUGAUGAAUUGGGGUCGAAUAGACCGCUACGAGGACUUUGCUUAACGGCAAAAAAAAAUCUCUGCAUUGAAAGCACUGUAGCCUCACAACGUUACCCGGAAGAUGUAGAUGCGGGAUGUCGUAGUCUUACAGCGCCCUGGCAAACAAGCAACAGAUGUGCCUACUUUGACAACCUGGAGCGUAUUCCCUUUGAAUUGCCUCCUGGGGCGUAUUCCGUGGAAGAUUUAAAACAGUUUGGCGAAGCCCAUCAACUAUGUCCGUAUUACUUGGUGCGAAAGGCAUUGAGGGUCGUUGAUAUAGUGGUUCACUCUUUUCUUUACAUUGUGGAUCCUAUUGUGGCUGAGGUAACCAAAGGGUACUUCAAUGAGAAUGCAAUUGUCGUCAUGGAUGAGGGGCACAAUGUGGAUGAUGUUUGUAUUGAGGCCAUGUCCCUUAUCAUCACAAAGGAGGAUGCAGCGCAAGCGAAGGAGAAUGUGAAACUACUGAAUGCAGCUGCGGAUCAUCUUAAAGCGACGAAUCGACAACAAUUGCAGGAUGAAUAUGACCGUCUCGUGAAUGGUCUGGCGAUGGUCGAAAUGGCUCGCUCUGUGGACAGUAUGAUGAUGCCUGUUCAAGCACCUAGUAUCCCAUCCGAAAUUGCUGAGGAAGCCAUUCCAGGGAGUUUGCGACAGGCCAACCACUUCUUGUCGUUCAUUCAACGUCUCGUGGAUUUUACGCAUCGUGUAGUCUGUAGAAUUUCUCGCACUUACGUGGCGGAUCCCUUAACAUUCCUAUCGAAAGUACGCGAUGAAUGUGCUGUGGAUAUUCGUCAUUUCAGGUACCUGACGGAGCGUCUGAAAGUGUUAAUGAAUACGCUUCAGAUUACAAAUUCACACAAAUUCCGUAACGUUUCCUUGAUUGCACAAAUGUACAUGACUCUCUCCACUCAUUAUACAGACGAUCGGUAUGAAAAACCGGGAUUUGUGGUUGUUUGUGAGGCUCACGAUCCGACGAGACCUGCUGUGCCAGAUCCAGUGAUUCGUCUUGUUUGCGUAGAUGCCUCGUUGGCCCUACGUGAGGCUUUUUCAAAGUAUCGAAGCGUGGUGUUGACUUCGGGGACACUUUCUCCGUUAGACAUUUACCCGAAGAUUCUUGGCUUUACCCCUGUAAUUGCUAAAUCCUUUCAAAUGACCUUAAGUCGAAAGUGUAUAGCCCCGGUGGUAGUGACGCGUAGUACGGAGAGUGUCAACAUUACGAUGGAAGAAAUUACCAGUAGUUUUGUUGUUCGUACUAAUCCCCUUGCCCAAGAUAUCGUCUCCUCCGCCUAUGAAGAUCUCUUACGGGGUUUAGGCAAAACCGUGCCCGAUGGUAUUGUCUGCUUCUUUACAGGGUAUCAGUAUAUGGGGGAGGUGCUUCUUGGAUGGCAUCGGUCUGGAUUUUUGAAGGAGUUGGCGCAGUAUAAACUUAUCUUUAUUGAAACCCAAUCGGUGGAGGAGACAUCCAUUGCAUUGGCAAACUAUAGGCGAGCAUGUGACAUUGGCCGUGGGGCUAUUUUCAUGGCUAUUGCUCGAGGUAAAAUUGCCGAAGGAAUUGAUUUUGAUCGUCACUAUGGAAGAGCCGUCGUCAUGUUUGGGGUUCCUUUUUUGCCACCAAACGAUGAACCUUUGAGACAACGAAUUUAUUGGAUGGAAACAUGUCUUGGUAUUCCUGGAAAUGAGUAUCGGAACUUUGAUGCCAUGAGGCAGGCGUCACAAUGUAUUGGUCGGGUGUUACGAAACAAAACGGACUAUGGAAUGAUGUUGCUCGUUGAUCGACGUUUUGCAUUGAACGACAAACGGAAAAAGCUACCUAUAUGGAUUCAGCAAUGUCUAAAGGAGAACACAAAUCUUAGUGUGGAUGCAGCGAUCGCCGUUGCGCGCGGAUUUUUUAAGGAAAUGGCGCAGCCCUGGGAACACAAACGAGAUCUGGGAACUACUCUCUUUUCCAAGGAAACCCUCGCACUUAAAGGAUUUCUAAAACCCUCGAAAAGAUCCGUCCCUUGCAGAGUGACAGAGAAAUGCAGCAAUUCCGCUGAGGAAUUGGUCCACGGAGAGGGGGAUGUCAUACGUGCGGUAAAGGAGCCAGAGCAUAGGAAACGACUUCGGGGAUAA